AUGAGCGCAACGGAUCUCCGAAAGGUUAGUCAGUUCCGACAAUUCCCCCAGAGUAUUCUCACAUCUCGCCAGUUUACGCAUGACUUCGGUGUUGAUUUGGAUGAGAUCCGGAAACUGGGGAAAGAAGAAAUGGAAUGCCUCUUCGAAUGGCUCCGCGAUGCCGGCAUGGUCGAGUGUUUUGACGUGCUGCAGAACCAAGUGCCUGCCAAUAUUAACUCGCCUGAACCACUGGACUACAACUUAAACACCAUUUGUUACGCGAACGCUGGUGACGAAUUCGAUCGCUUGUUGGAACAGUUCGACCCCUUCCUGGAGCAAUACGACCCUUCCGCCGAACGGCCACAUACUGUUUCUUCUUGGCAGGAACCAGUCACACCUCCCCAACCCAGUGCAGAAGCGUCCUCGUACCCGACACCUCAUUCCUCUGUCAACUCACCCCCGAGUGGUCAACCACUUCCCCCGGACCCCGGACACGGCCAAGUACGGUACCAAUCCGUUCAUUCUCCGCCAUCUACUGACAGAUCUUUUACUCCUUCAUCUUAUCCGACACCCUCCACAUCAUAUAUAAACUCACCUCCCGGAGACGAGCCACUGGCCCCGCUGGAAUCUAGUGUUUCAAACAUGACGAAGCUACAACUGUUGCAUUCGUGCAGGUUUGGUAACGACGGCAAUAGAUCCCUGGGGGACAUCCAAAUCACAUCAGCCCUUCGAGCUGAAGCUGGACUUCUCUCAGAUGACUAUGAUAGGCUACUGAAGCCCCUCUUGGAUUACAGAGAAGACGAUCCGCCGGCCUUAGAAGCCCUUGGCCUUCCCCUUCAAUGGAGAGGUUUCGAGGGUGCUGUGAUUUACUAUCGCAUGCUCGAGGGCACGAAGAAGAAGUCAACCCUCAGUCUUCUCGCCAAACGAAUUGCACAGAUACUGUUUUACCUCAACUACAGGUGGCUGGAAAAACAUAUAAAAGGGCCUAGUAAAUCCGUCGCCACACUCAUCCUCAACGCGUGCCCCGAGGAGCCAAAAGACCCGAAGCUCAUGAAGCCCCGUCGAGAUAAUAUCACUGGCUAUCACAAGCGCCGAGGAGAGCGGUGGUGGCUACAUGCGGCGUGUUUAGGUACGCUCUUCCCGAAAGGUUCACUGCGCUUCGACUAA